UCAGUAUCAAGUUGUGCACCGGAUAAGUCGUGCAGCAAAAUAUUAUUCAGAAUGCGUGAGGCACUGUGUUGGUGCAGCUUUUUGGGCUUUCUACUGUGCUGCAUUGCAGCUGACAUUCCCGGUUGCAAUUUUUUCGAUACUGUCAACCUAGCAAACAGCCUGAAGUUCCCGAACGGAUCCUAUAACUACGAGGAUCUCAUCAUUCCCCCGACUCUCACGGGGGAGUACGACUACGAAAUGCAGUUCAACGGGAACAGCAGAUCGGUGCCCAGCCACACAAGAGGAUGUGUUUGCAAGCUGAGGCCUUGCAUACGAUUAUGCUGUCAUCGGAGUAGAGUGAUAAAGGACAACAAGUGCUCGGCCCAUACGCUGAACGAGUUAUCCUACAACAUGACCCUGGAUAUAACACAUAAACACAUUUUUGAGGAUUUUGUGGUGCAGGAGGAACUGCCAUUGCCAUGCAAUAUUCAUUAUCCAUUAAACAGAAUUGAAUAUUCGACAGAUCAUUGGACACUAUUUGAGAAUGGAACGCUGCUGCGGCAAUAUGACAUGAGGUACCUCUCCAAGCAGGACUACUGUCUGCAGCCGCGGAAGUCGGGGAAGCAGAAAGGCUACAACCACAUCUUAGUUCCUUACAACUGCGUCAUUGAACCGGACAUGACAAUGGAGUAUGUCAAGGCGACAUCUGUCUUAUUUAUGGCCAUUACCAUUUCCGUCUACCUUUGGCUGCCCCAGUUUCAAUCCCUGACUGGAAAGUGCUGCAAUCUGUAUUUUAUCUGCUUGGCAGCCACCUUCCUGCUGAAUCUCUUCAGCAAUUUCAACGUGUUUGACAGCAACAUUUCAUGCUCUAUUAAUGGUUAUGCAGGUUAUUUCGCAGCGAUGGCCACGUUUCUCUGGCUGUCUGUGAUAAGCUUCCAUGUGUGGACCCGAUUCGCUGUGCGUCACUUUCAAGAGAUUCAAAGGUCUCGCCGCAGUAAUUUUCUCAACUAUAAUCUCAUCGUCUGGAGCACUGCUGGAACACUUACUCUGGCCGUAUUCUUGGUGGACAGACUUGUACCAUUUUUCAGUACAUCAGACAAAACUUUACCCAUGCUACCAGCUGUGGGAGUGUUCUCCUGCUGGAUCUCAACUGAAGGUUGGUCGGGAAUGCUCUAUUUUUAUUCACCAUUGACGUUAUUGAUAUUAUUCAAUAUUACCAUGUUCGUUAUGACGAUCCAUCACAUUUACGUGUCGGAAAAGAUCAAGCCAAGAUCUUUUAACGGAAUCGAAGAGCAUCAAGUGUCAAAGCACCGAGCCAAAUAUGGCGCGUAUCUGCAUCUGUUCAUCAUUAUGGGCUGCAGUUGGUUACUGGAAAUCGUUGCCUUUAUUUGUAAAAUUGAAAAUGUCUUCAAGCCUUUGAUCGUAGUUAAUGACGUCAUAAACUGCAGUCAGGGCAUCAUUAUAUUCUUCGUCACAUUCUGCAACAGGAGCAUGCUCAGAGUCAUUCGUGAAAGAACCCAUCCAGAUUCUAAACCGGCUGAACCGUCUAAGUUCAGUGAUGUUGAGUAUGGAACAUGCAGUUUAACACGGGACUGCCACCUCAUGCAGGAAAUCAAUUGA